CAGACUGUUAGGCGAAAAUGGUUCACAUGUUUGUUUUGUCCUGUUUGUGCUCCUGGCAUCUUGUUGGUGUGUUCCUUGUGGACACCGAUGAAAUGAAGACGGUGUCAGUGAUGGAAGGAGAUUCUGUAACUCUUAAAACUGGUGUUACUAAAAUACAGGAAGAUGAUCUGAUAAUGUGGAUGUGUGGAGACUCUUGCAUAGCUAAACUCAACGUGUCAGCCCAAAUCAUCUCUGAAAGUAAUGAGAAAUUCAGAGGCAGACUGCAUCUGGACUAUCAGACUGGAUCUCUCACCAUCACAAACAUCACAACCACAGACUCUGGACUUUAUAAAGCACAGAUCAUUGGAAAUAAGGUGUCAAGGAAAAGUUUCAAUGUUACUGUCAAUGCUCAUCUGCCCAUUCCUGUGAUCACCAGUUACUGUCCACAAUAUUCUCCAUCUUCUGAAAGUUUACGGCACUCGAAAUGUGUGUUGCUGUGUUCAGUGGUGAAUGUGACACAGGUGACUCUCUCCUGGUACAAAGGAAACAGUUUAUUCUCCUCCAUCAGUGUGUCUGAUCUCAACAGCAGUCUCUCUCUACCUCUGGAGGUGGAAUAUCAGGAGAACAACAUCUACAGAUGUGUGAUCAACAAUCCCAUCAGAAACCAGACUAAACAUCUCAACAUUAAUGAAGUCUGUCAGCCGUGUUCAGACUGUGUCCGCUGUUGUGACACUACUGAAGCUGUGAUCCGAUUGGUCGUCUGUGCUCUGAUGGGCGUGGCUGCUUUGGCUGCUGUUGUUGUUCUGGUUUACGACAUCAGAUCCAGACAAUCAACAAAAAACAGCAGCUCAGAAGUCAACAUCAGCCCCUCACUGAUGGAGUAUUAACCCUAUAAUGCCACACAAUUCAUAUUUGAUACAUGUUUUUCAAAAGCCUCUACGUCAUCAAUGUGAUCAAAACUUUGCUGAAAUACCUGUUGAAUCCAAUGUACUAAAUGUCUACUGCCUCCGGGUGGAAGCUUCUGUGCUCUGCUGCAAGUAGAUGACAAUAGCUGUGUCCAAAAUAGCGUGAUGUCAGAGUGUGUACUGUUAUUUGAUAAAAGAUGCACUUCUCGGCCAGUAAAACAGUACGUUCUUUAGGCAUGCAUGCGAGUAGUAUGAAGAGAUUUCAGAUGUAAUUCAUCCGGUAACAUGGGCAUUGUCUCGUGACCCGAAUGUAUGAUGUAAUAAGAACAACUGUGAAAAUAAUCUACUCUGGUUUUGUAAACAAGCACUCUUUUAACCACAACUUUCUUGGCAUAUAUAGCACUUACAGUUGAAAAGAGCUGCCCAUUUUGCUGUUCUCCACCAUUUUUUAAAAUCCAGCAAUCGAACAUGUUUUCUCAGCUCCCGUGGGAUUAUGGGAUAAUCAAGUGUCCAGAGCCGCACUUCAGAAUAUCACUGGAAAUCGUAGGUCAUCCGGGUAUUCCUUGCUUACUCUUUAAUGAAUACUGAGGAUUCGGAAAUACUACUCCACUGACAUACUAUUUUAGGCAUACCAUAUCGUAGGGAAGUAUGCAAAUUUGGAUGCAGCUCUUGUAAUAUCGUUUCCAAAACAAGCUGUGAAAAAGUAUUUGCCCCCAUCCUGAUUACAUGUUUUUGUGUAUAUCUCACACUAAAUUGUUUCAAAAAUUAAAACAAAAUCUAACAUACAACAAAGGUAAUCUGAGUAAAAACAAAAUACAGUUUUUAAAUGCUGAUGUUAUUUAUUGAAGCAAAAAUGUUAUCCAAUACCAACUGGGCCUGUGUGAAAAAGUAUUUGCCCACUUAGUUACUAAAUCCCCAAAUCUAUGAAACUGCAUUCAUAAUGGGGUUCAGCUGGACUAGACACAACCAGACCUGAUUAAUGCCAGCCCUGUUCAAACAAAUCAACACCUAAAUAUAACUUUUUCAGCAGCAUGAAGUUGGCUAAAAGGUCUCACCCAGUAGCACACUAUGCCAAGGUGGAAAGAAAUUCCAGAAGUGAUGAGGAAAAAGGUGAUUAAAAUACAUCAGUCUGGGAAGAGUUACAAAGCUAUUUCAAAGGCUCUGGGACUCCAAAGAACCACAAUGAGAGCCAUUAUCUUCAAAUGGAGAAAACUUGGCACAGUAGUGAACCUUCCCAGAAGUGGCCGACCUUCCAAAAUUCCUCCAAGAUCACAGCGGCGACUCAUCCAGGAAGUCACAAAAAAGCCUAGGACAACAUCCAAGGAACUGCAGACCUCUCUCGCAUCAAUAAAGGUCACUGUUCAUGACUCCACUAUCAGAAAGACACUGGCCAAAAAUGCCAUCCAUGGAAGAGUGGCGAGGCGAAAACCACUGCUAUCCCAGUUUUUGCCAAAACACACCUUGAUGAUCCUCAAACCUUUGGGAGAAUGUUCUGUGGAAUGAUGAGUUGAAAGUGGAACUGUUUGGAAGACAGGUGUCCCGUUACAUCUGGCGUAAAUCAAACACAGAAUUCCACAAAAAGAACAUCAUACCUAUGGUCAAGCAUGGUGGUGGUAGUGUGAUGGUGUGGGGAUGCUUUGCUGCUUCAGGGCGACUUGCAAUAAUUGAGGAAAACAUAAAUUCUGCUCUCUACCAGAAAAUCCUAAAGGAGAACGUCCGGUCAUCAGUCCGUGAGUUGAAGCUCAAGCGCAUCUGGAUUAUGCAGCAAGAUCCAAGUGAUCCAAAGCAUAGGAGUAAGUCCACCUCUGAAUGGCUCAAAAGAAACAAAAUUAAAGUUUUGGAGUGGCCUAGUCAAAGUCCUGACUUGAACCCGAUUGAGAUGCUGUGACAGGACCUUAAAUGGGCAGUUCAUGCUCGAAAAACCCUCCAGUAUGGCUGAACUAAAGCAGUUCUGCAAAGAAGAGUGGGCCAAAAUUACCCCACAGUGUUGUGAAAGACUGAUCUCCAGUUAUCGGAAGCGUUUGGUUGCAGUUGUUGCUGCUAAAGGUGGCGCAACCAGCCAUUAAGUUUAAGGGGGCAGUUAGUUUUUCACAUGGGUGAUAUAGGUGUUGGAUAACUUUUUUGCUUCAAUAAAAAAAAUAUAUAAUUGAAACCUGUAUUUUGUGUUUAUUCAGGUUGCCUUCAGGAAGAAAUCAGGCAAAUACUUUUUUCACAGCAAUGUAGCUGUCUUCAUAUUGCUAUGCCAUCUUUUUGAUGUGAAAUAUUUUCUGAUUUUGAUAAAGUAAAAGUAACAAUGUUUGUGUUGUUACUGACAUUUCAAAAUGAGUAUUUGCUGAUUUGUAUCAACUUGUGUUUGCUUAAAAUUUCUUAAGUUCUAGAAAACUCGUGUUGAAAUGUGUGUAUCAAAUAUGACACAACAGGCUUUUGAGGUAUACCUCUCAAUCAUCAUUUCAUUCCCUUCAUGCCAACCACAAAAAAAAAAAAAAAAGCUUUGAAAAUUAUGAAAUAUUUGUUAUAGAUUUUAAGUGUGAACUAAUAUUUACAUGUAUUCCUAUAUAUGCAACCUGUUCUGUCAUUUUAAAGAUUUCAUUGUUUUACAUAAGCUAUUUUGAUAUCAUACUAUAACCUCCUGUGAGCCAGCAAAAGAAAAAAGGUUUUAAAAUCUCACUUUUUUUUUCAAAGUCAAUAUAGUGUUUGGUGCACACCAAAACAUAUGUUCGUAUUUAUUAUAUA